CAUGUGGUGACUCUCAAGGAGCCCGGGCUGAGUUGAUACCAGUCAAGAAUCUCUUAACUUGUACCCUGAAAAGCCAGAAUGGAGCUAUCAAUGCCCCCUCCUCAGAUCUAUGUAGAAAAGACUCUGGCCAUUAUCAAACCAGAUAUUGUUGACAAAGAGGAGGAGAUACAAGAUAUUAUUCUCAGAUCUGGAUUCACCAUUGUUCAGAGAAGAAAACUGCAUCUCAGCCCUGAGCACUGUAGUAACUUUUAUGUGGAACAGUAUGGGAAAAUGUUUUUCCCCAAUUUAACAGCUUACAUGAGUUCUGGACCACUUGUUGCCAUGAUAUUAGCUAGACAUAAAGCCAUCUCUUACUGGAACGAACUCUUGGGACCAAGUAAUAGCUUAGUAGCUAAGGAGACACACCCAGACAGUCUAAGGGCAAUUUAUGGCACAGAUGAGCUAAGGAAUGCACUUCAUGGAAGUAAUGAUUUUGCUGCAGCAGAAAGAGAAAUGCGAUUCAUGUUUCCUGCAGUGAUUGUUGAGCCCAUUCCAAUUGGACAAGCUGCUAAGGACUAUUUAAAUUUGUAUGUAACGCCAACUCUGCUUAAAGGACUUACAGAGCUUUGUAAGCAAAAACCAGCAGAUCCUUUUAUUUGGCUGGCUGAUUGGUUGCUGAAAAAUAAUCCCAACAAACCCAAACUUUGUCAUCAUCCAAUUGCAGAAGAACCUUAUUAAAAUAAAGCCCUCAAAGAACAAAUCACGAGCUAUCUCACUGUAAAAGGCAUGCUUCUACUUAAGAAAGAAGUAACUCCUAAGGGUUUAAGUAACUACAUGUGAAAUAAAUUAUUUCUUUUUAAAAAAAAUUUUUUUUAAUUUUAUAUUUGGCUGCAUUGGAUCUUCGUUGCUGCACGUGGGCUUUUCUCUCGUUGCGGGGAGCGGGGGCUACUCUUCGUUGCGGUGCACAGGCUUCUCAUUGAGGUGCUUCUCUUGUUGUGGAGCAUGGGCUCUAGGCACACGGGCUCAGUAGUUGUGGCUCACGGGCUCUAGAGCACGGGCUCAGUUGUUGUGGCACACGGGCUUAGUUGCUCCGCGGCAUGUGGGAUCUUCCCGGACUAGGGUUUGAACCCGUGUCCCCUGCAUUGGCAGGAGGAUUCUUAACCACUGCACCACCAGGGAAGCCCCUAAAUUAUUUCUUAAAAAUAAAUUUUAAAAGAAUAACUAUUUCGUGCAGCAGAUAACAUUAUCUAAAAUAAAAUACUGGUUUAGGGUAUGAUUUUUUUUCUAAUAAGAAAAUUGUAUUA